ACCACAAGAAAAUAUAUACGCGGUGAACCACAGCACCUCGUGCCAAAUUCUAACAAUAGAAAAGCAAUGCGACAACGGCAGCUGGGUCUCCUAAGAAAUGCGUAUUCUGCUGAUCUUGUCAGCCGAGAAGUAAGAGCGGCAAGAAGAAAAGCAAUAACUGAAAACAAGGCAUCUGUAGCACCCCGUAGUGCUUUGUAUAGAAGAGAAAACAGGUAUCCACUAGAUAAACGAGGACCAAGCGUAUUGUCUCGAGAGAAAUUUAAAAUGUUGCAACAAAUUCGAAAUGACAACGCGGCAAAUACAACAAAUAUAAUUAAACAGGGAGAUACUCGAGCUUCAUCUGCGCCAGCUCAGGGAAACACGCAGCAAGUUGGUCAUACGCAAACUCAAAAAGAGCAAAAGACUGACUCGACCAACCACCCUGAAUCAACUAAAGUCAACAUACCUAGUGCAUCUGGAACUAUACCUUCAAAUAAUAACCAUAAAGAAAUAAUGAAAGAAAUUCGCGAAAGAUCGAAGUACUUACCAGCAUUGAUGAGCGAAUUCAAACGCAUUCAUCUCAACUUUGGACUGAAUUUCAAUCAAUCUGUCGAUUCUCAAGAACAAACUCGUAUACCAGGAACAAAUCAGAUGGAUCAAAACACUGCUGGACAACUCGCGAAUGUAACAUGUGCGACUAUACUGUCUGCCAUAAAGUCGGCAAGAGAGAAGGGUCAAGUAAAAAGAGGUGAAUAAUGAAUAAAU